AGAACAGUCUCAGUUCAGUCGCAGCAGCUCAGCAGAGAUGGCAGCAGACGGGACGAGGACAACCCUUGGGGACCCGGUCCAGGUCCAGGACCAGGACCAGGACCAGGACCAGGACCAGGACGGGUCCAACGCCCCCAAGAGACACGCCCGGGUCACGGUCAAGUACAACCGCAAGGAGCUGCAGAAGAGGCUGGACGUGGAGAAGUGGAUCGACGACGGCCUGGACGUCCUGUUCCAGGGUCAGGAGAGCGACAUGCCGGAGGAGGUGAAUAUUGAUGACCUGAUUGAUUUGCCGAACAACGAGCAGCGAGUCCAGAAGUUACAGGAGCUUCUUCAAAGAUGCCAUAAAAACACAAAGACCUUUAUCCAGGAUCUGGUCUCCAGACUGGACGGAGUCCAGAAACAGGACGACCUGCAGAGCGAAGGCAUCGAACACCCGGUGAUCUGCACCCACCACCGCCACGAGCCGUACCACUUCAGUACCCCCCGCCACCCGGUCCAGAACCAGAACCAGCACCAGCACCAGACCCUCUGAUGACCCAGAACCAGAACCAGACCCUCUGAUGACCCAGAACCAGCACCAAACCCUCUGAUGACCCAGAACCGGAACCAGACCCUCUGAUGACCCCCAUCCACCAUGAAACCCCCAACACACAUCCACCAUGAAACCCCCAACACACAACAAACACACACCAACUGUUGGACCGAUCAGCACUCGUUAUGUUGGACGAUGUGACGACUCUGUCUAGUUUUUCUCUCUGUUUUGUCUUUGAGGAGUCUGAUGUGAGAUGAGCUGAUUGGGCUGAUUUGGAACACCUGGUUCCAGUACUACAGUAGUCCAGUAAUACAGUGUUACAGUACUACAGUAUUACAGUACUACAGUACUUCAGUGUUCUCUCUCUUCCCUGACAGUCAUUUGCUUGGUUUUCAUUCUAUUUUUCUUAACAACACACCACACAUUUUCCACAUUCACACACUGACACUACUGAUCUCAACACCUAUGGUACCUGGUACUAUAACUGGUACUAUAACUGGUACUAGUGGUACUAUAACUGACACUACUGACGCUGACCUCCACACCUCACAAGUUGGUUUAUUUUUCGUUGACGUUUUUUUCUUUAAAAUAAAUGGCAUAUAUUUA